AUCAUGCUGUUUGUUGACAUCAGUGCGUGCAUCUAUCUUCACAAAGGCAUAUGGUGUGAGGGCAGUUAUUUUUAAACCUACAGUAUUGGCUUUGUCCCUACCUGUAGAAAGGUGGGUGGGUGGUGACUCCCAAAUCAUGGCCACCUGGCUGUGGUGAUCUGGGUGAUCUACAUUCUUCCUUUGCUUGGAGAACUGGGAGGUCCAGGUUUGGUGACAUCUCUUCCUUUAAAGAACAUGGAACAGCAGAAUAAGGUUUACUGUUAUCCUCUUAUAAAAUCUUCAAACAACACAAGCUACUCAGCAUCAAAUUACUGUUCUUCAUGGAAGAGACAAUCUCUUGCCUGUUUCCUUACAAACCCACACUAUGGCAGCCUCAUUAACGCAGAUGGCCAUGCGGAAGUGUGGACAGAUUGGAAUGAUAUGUCCAAGUUUUUCCAAUAUGGAUGGAGAUGCACCACAAAUGAGAAUGCCUAUUCGAACCGUACCCUGAUGGGUAACUGGAACCAGGAAAGAUAUGACCUAAGGAAUAUCGUGCAGCCUAAACCCUUGCCUUCCCAGUUUGGACACUACUUUGAAACAACAUAUGAUACAAGCUACAACAACAAAAUGCCACUUUCAACCCAUAGAUUUAAGCGAGAGCCUCACUGGUUCCCAGGACAUCAGCCUGAGCUGGAUCCUCCUCAAUACAAAUGCACAGAAAAGUCAACAUAUAUGAGUAGCUAUUCAAAGCCUCAAAUUGAGCAUCACUCCAUGUGUGUGUGGAAUCCUAAUAAUUGCCAAUUUCAGGAUCCAGGACUCUAAGAAAGAAUAAGAAGCUUCAUUUUUCCAGAGUAGGAUGUAGGAGGGAGCACAUUCUAAGCACAACUAAGAAUUUAGCUGACUAUAGCACAAUUUCACUCUCUCAAUAAAUAAAGCACAGAAAAUA